GCCCUAUGGGGCAUCAGUGUCCCGCAACAUGCUCAGAGAAAUGCCCUCCGUGUGAGGUGGCCGUCUGGAAGACGCUGAAGUGCGGCCACUCUAUGAUAGGAAGGUGUGGCUAUGUUCAGAUUUGUCCGCAGAGGUGCUCAAAUACAUGCGCGUGUGGCUAUACCUGUAUUAAAAAAUGUGGAGAGCCUUGCUCAAGUUGCAGCAGCCAACUUACAUGUGGUCACCGGUGCCUAGGGACACCCUCCUCCACGAGAUCAGCCACGAAGCUCUGUCAUCAAUCAUGCCGCUAUGUCUGUAAAAAUGGUCACUCGUGCCCUCAAGAAUGCUGUUUUCCCUGUCCAUCUAAAUGCAGCAAAACCUUGCGGUGCGGGCAUCAAUGUAAGCAGCCGUUUGAAUCUGCCGACACAUAUUCGACAAGAGGAACAUCACUGCUAUAUGGUCUCUCUUUGAAGAAUUUUAACAUUUGCGAUGAGCCUUGUAGGAACAUCUGCGACAGGGGCCACGAGUGUCUUUCAAACUGUAGUGAGCCUUGUCUGCCCUGUCGAGAGAACUUGGAGUGUGGCCACAAGUGCAACAGCGUUCCUGGAUGGAGACGUAAUUUGUAUUCAUACAAGUCGUGCCAAGAGAAAUGUAGGAAGACGUGCCGCCGAGGUCACAGCUGCCCUAAAUUGUGCCGGGAGGCCUGCCCAGAUAGCUGCCCAAAGUUGUCCUGCCUCAUGACCAGUUUGUUUGCCUUCGACGUUGGAUUCAUGUCCCCCGAGGAAAGACUUGCACAUUAAUCUAACUCAAAAGUCUAGUUGGGAAAUUAUUCCAUGAGAUCAUCCAGAGAUCAUCCAGAGAUCAUCCAGAGAUCAUCCAGAGAUCAUCCAGAGAUCAUCCAGAUUUACUCGAAAUGAUUGGUCAGAAUUUUUACAUUCCAGAAUAUAUGACAUUUUGUGAUCUUUCAUACAACUCUUUCUGUCGCUGAAUUUGCGCUCGUAAUGGUGAAGCUCGUUCAUGUAGUUAUGCUUCAGGUGAGACUUAGAAAUUGCUGAAGGUUCAUGAGACUCUCCAUCAAGUCGUGAAUUGUAUUCAUGAUCAUUUUGUGGUGACGGAUGCACGAUAGAUAUUCCACCUCAGACCAGAUCAAGUGGGGCCUUGAGUUUUUUUUUAUAGUUUUCUUUUAAAAAAUGCUUCUCAUCAUUGUAUUGGUUGUGGGUAGCACAUAGGUGGGUUCCAGCUGAAAGGGUUGUGGGUAGCACAUAGGUGGGU